GACCGGGCAUAUAAAGCUCCGAAGUUUCUUCAGACACAGUUCAAAAAUUCACUCAGGUGCCGCAUCGCAGACAUCGCAGUGAUUCAAAUUUGAGAGAAGACAUUAAUCAGCAAACGAAACGAAAAUGAGGGAAUGCAUUUCAGUUCACAUCGGCCAAGCCGGAGUCCAGAUCGGCAAUGCCUGCUGGGAGUUGUACUGCCUUGAGCACGGGAUCCAACCCGAUGGUCAAAUGCCGUCCGAUAAGACCAUCGGGGGUGGAGACGAUAGCUUCAACACUUUCUUCAGCGAAACUGGUGCUGGGAAGCAUGUGCCGAGAGCAGUUUUCGUCGACCUGGAGCCCACGGUCGUCGAUGAAGUCCGAACUGGAACGUACCGUCAGCUUUUCCAUCCAGAACAGUUGAUUACCGGAAAGGAAGAUGCUGCAAACAAUUAUGCCAGAGGACAUUAUACUAUCGGUAAAGAAAUCGUCGAUGUUGUGCUGGAUCGUCUUAGAAAAUUGGCGGAUCAAUGCACUGGACUUCAGGGCUUCUUGGUGUUCCAUUCUUUUGGAGGAGGAACCGGAUCAGGAUUUACUAGUCUACUCAUGGAGAGAUUGAGCGUCGAUUAUGGAAAGAAAUCCAAAUUGGAAUUCUCAAUAUAUCCAGCUCCGCAAGUGUCCACCUCGGUUGUCGAACCGUACAACUCGGUGUUGACAACUCACACGACUCUGGAGCACACGGACUGCUCUUUCAUGGUUGACAAUGAAGCCAUUUACGAUAUCUGCCGCCGCAAUUUGGAUAUCGAGAGACCAAGUUAUACGAACUUGAAUCGUCUUAUCGGUCAAAUCGUUUCUUCGAUUACGGCCUCCUUGCGAUUUGACGGAGCGCUGAACGUCGACCUCACCGAGUUCCAAACUAAUCUUGUACCGUACCCGAGGAUCCAUUUUCCAUUAGCCACUUACGCACCGGUCAUUUCCGCGGAGAAGGCCUACCACGAACAGUUGACUGUGGCUGACAUCACCAACGCCUGUUUCGAGCCGGCCAAUCAACUGGUCAAGUGCGAUCCUCGUCACGGCAAAUACAUGGCUUGCUGCAUGUUGUACAGGGGAGACGUUGUGCCGAAGGAUGUUAACGCGGCCAUCGCCACAAUAAAAACGAAACGCAGCAUACAAUUUGUGGACUGGUGUCCGACAGGCUUCAAGGUGGGCAUCAAUUAUCAACCCCCAACCGUGGUACCCGGAGGUGAUUUGGCUAAGGUGCAAAGGGCGGUUUGCAUGCUGUCCAAUACGACGGCCAUAGCUGAUGCAUGGGCCAGGCUGGAUCAUAAAUUCGACCUUAUGUACGCGAAACGCGCCUUCGUCCAUUGGUAUGUGGGUGAAGGAAUGGAAGAAGGCGAGUUUUCUGAAGCCCGCGAAGACAUGGCUGCUUUGGAAAAGGACUACGAAGAAGUUGCCGUCGACUCUGUGGAUGGCGAGGCCGAGGAGGGUGACGAAUACUAAACGACAUUGCCUUUUUUUUUAUCUACAUAAUGCAUACAUACUAAAUACACUACGAUAAUUUAUUUUACUAUUCAUACAUAUAUA